AUGUUUUACCGAGCAUUCUCGAAAAAAAAUAAUGAUAUUUCAGAUAAAUCGUACUCAAGAUCGUGUCUUAAAAAUUCAAUUAAAAAGUCUAAAGAACAAGAGGAGUCACGUUCAAUUGGGCAAUGUUUUUAUGAAAUACAACGUGGAGAUCAAAAUUGGUUUUUUCAUAAAUCAUUGCGAGAUUACUUGAUUGCUUGUGCGUUGUUAGAUUCAUCUGAAGAUAAAGCUCGGACAACUGAUGUAAACAUUAUUGAAUGCUCAAAAACGAAUGUAAAAUUUCAAAUUGCUUCCGCUAAUGCUAUUACAGUUAUUUCACAUGCAGAGAUACAACUUUCAAUAAAUUUAAACAAUAUUCAUGCUCCAAAGGUGGAUUUAAGCGAUGGAGUUUUUAAUAAUUCACAAUUUCAAAAUGUAAAUUUCGAGGGUGCGUCCCUUCAAAAUGUGGAUUUCAAUGGUGCAAAUAUUUGGUAUACAAAUCCUCAAGGGGUCUAUAAACCCAAUUGGAUUGAUGGACCACGGGAUGGGCCACCAGUCUUUGAGCAUAAGGAUGGGGCGCAAGACACACAAAUGCCGAAAUGGGAACGGAGUGGGCCGAGAAAGGUUACGUUAAAAUCCUUAAUGGCUUCUCAAAAUGUUAAGUCAACAUUUUUUGAAGAGUUGAGAAUACUUAGCAGACACACACCAUCAACCUACGCUUACACAAUUCCCGGUAUCCUUCGGUGUUACGGAAUGACACGUGAUCCAAAGACACAAGAAUUCAUAAUGGUUUUUCAACAUUGUUCUCAAUAUGAUUUACAAACUUAUCUUUCUCACCUUCCUUAUACUACGUUACAACAAUCCCAUAAACUUAUUUCUCAAAUUAUCAGCGGUCUUAAAGAGAUUCAUAAAUCAGGUUUAAUUCACAGAAAUUUACAUUCUGGUAAUAUUUUAAUUGAUGAAAAUGGUGAUGCUUACAUUGGAGAUACUGGACUGUGUAAACCCAUUGACCCUGCUAAAAUCCGACGUUCAUCUGAACCAAUAAAAUUAACCUUCCGUAAACGUACAAAUUCGAGUCCAACAGAAUCAAAAUCAAAACCAAUGAAUCUUAGUAAUGGUGUAUUUGGAGUAAUACCAUAUUUAGCACCGGAAACCUUGAUGUCUGGAAUUUAUACAAAAUCAUCAAAUAUUUAUUCACUUGGUAUGAUUAUAUGGCAAAUAUGGUCAGGUCAAAGACCAUUUAUUGAACGUCCUCAUGAUAAAGAAUUGCAAAAAGAAAUUGUGAACAAUAAUUUGAGACCUAUUAUUAUUGAGGAUAUGCCAACGGAAUAUAAAGAAUUGAUUUCUUCAUGUUUAAAUUCAGAUCCUUUGAAUAGACCGAAUAUUGAAGAUAUUGAAAAAAUCUUAAAUGAGAUGAUUUAUAAAGAUGGAAUGAAUGGGGAAACAGGAUUCGAGGUUGGGAUCAAAGGAAACGGAGAGAUACGAAGGGUUCUAUAUCAGGAGAGACAACGUAUCAUGCCUCAUAGGAAGGCAAAAUACGUUAGCAAAUUAAUUCCAUUUUUGAAUUAUAAAACUGAUGCCCACGAGUGUGAACCAGUUCUAUUACAAAAUUCACGAAAUGGAGUUCAAAAUAACUUGGUGAUGUCUAAUGAGAUUAUGAAUAAACCUGAUUCAGGAAUAUUCGAGGCAAAACGUGAUUCUCACAUUAUUCCUCAUACAAGUUCACAUGGUAGCCCACAGCGUAGCUCUUUAAUUUCACCUGUUUUCGAAAAUAAACAAUGCUCUGUUGUGAUAGUAAAUUCUAAAGAGAAUAAAGCAAGAGAAUCAAGAGUUUUUACGAUGAACAAACAAAAUUCUGGAAUGCAUUUUAAUGAUUUGGAGGAAUCUAGGGAAUGGUCAAAUCCAAAAACCAAUCAUGAUGAUACCUUGUUCAUGUCAUCUCCCAAACAUGUUUAUACUUUGUUACAUGAAAAACCAUCUUUACAUUUUGUAAUAGUGCGUAAAACUUUACCUGUCUGA